UAAUUUUUAAAAAAUAAAAAUGGUGAUGUUGAUUAAUUGAUAAUAAAUAUGUCUUAGUAUUUGUUGUUGUUGUUGUUGUUGUUAUUAAUAAUAAUUGAAUUGAUCAUGUGUGCAUCAAGUAUGCACACACAAUUCACUUAAAAAAGUCAAUUACUCAUUACUCAACAACCACUUGUACUUUUUUGUUUUUAUUUUUUAUAAAAAUAGUUGGUCACAUAUAGCUAUUAGUUUAGUUGUAAAUAUUCAUUGACACUUGUACACAUUUAAACAAUAUUAGUGACUGUGUUUUGGAGCUCUUUUUUUAUUGUUUUUUAUUAUUUUUCAAUAUAUACGCACAUAAUAAUUAAUUAUUCUCUCUUUUUAUCAUCAUCAUCAUCAUUAUAAAUAUAUAAAUUUUUCAUUAUUUUUUAUUUAUUCACAACUACUUGUUAUCAAAUUAUAUGAAUCAUUAAAAACAUAUUUAUAAUCGAGAAUAUAAAUUUUAUAAUUUCAAUACCAAAGUCAGUAUUUAUUUAUUUUUAUUAUUAUCAUUAUUAUUAAUGAUGUUUUUAUUUUUAAAACCAGGGACGUAGCCUUCAAGUCAAAUUUAUAAAUGGAAUUUUUAAUUACUCUACAAGUACUAAAAUAAUAAUAUUGUUGCUAUUAUUAUUAUUGUAAUAAUUGGAUUUUAUUUAAUUAAUUAAUUUUAUUUAUAAUUUAAACAAAUUAUAAAUAUUUAUAAAUUUAUGAUUAUUUACUUGUUACGAGCCUGGUAAUUGUCAAAUCAUAAUAAUAAAAAAAAAAAUAUCACAUGUUGAAUUUUCUAACCUUUGAUAAUAGAAUAUAUUAUUUUUGUAAAUAUACAUUGUUGAUAAAUAAAUAAAUUUAAAUAAUAGUAAUAACAAUGUCAAGUAAAAAAAAAAAUAAAGGAAAAUUAUUUGAAAAACGUAAAAGAAAUGUUGUUGGCAAGGAGGAAAAAUAUCGACAAGAAAGAGAUAAAUCUGAUGAGGAUGAUGAUGAUGAGGGUGUCUCAGAUAAUGAUGAAAAUGUUAAAACAAUAGUGACAUUUCCAGUUGCUAUGUGGGAUCUUGAACAUUGUGAUCCAAAAAAAUGCUCUGGUCGUAAAUUAUCAAGACAUGGUCUUAUUAAAACAUUAAAAUUAGGCCAAAGAUUUGCUGGUUUAGUAUUAACACCUGUUGGAAAAAAAUGUGUAUCACCAACUGAUCGUCCAAUUGUUGAGGAUCAUGGUUGUGCUGUUGUUGAUUGUAGCUGGGCUAAACUUGAAGAAACACCAUUUGGUAAAAUGCGAACACCAAAUCCACGUUUAUUACCAUUUUUAGUUGCUGCAAAUCCAAUUAAUUAUGGUAAACCAUGUCAAUUAAGUUGUGUUGAAGCUAUUGCAGCAACACUUAUCAUAACUGGAUUUACAGAAGAGGCUAAAUUUUAUCUUGGUAAAUUUUCAUGGGGACAUGCAUUUCUGGAAUUAAAUGAAGAAUUACUUGCUGCAUAUGCUGCUUGUACAAGUAGUGAAGAAAUUAUUGUUGCACAAGAAAAAUUUUUACAUGAUGCUAGACAAGAAAAAUUAGACAGACAAGAAAUGCCUGAUUAUCCACCAAGUGAAGACAGUGAAUCUGAUUAUGAUGAUGAAGAAGAAAAAAAAGUAAAAGAUGAAAAAGAAAUUGUCAAUGAGAAUAUUGCUUCAACAUCAAAAUAAAAAAUACAAAAAUUAAAUGAUAAUCAUUUUAGGUAAAAAUUAUAAUUAAUAUUCUUCAAUCAUUCCCUCGAUCCAAUCAAGAUAACUCCAUACUUGAGUAAAAAUAAAUGCAUAUUUUUUAUUUGGUAUUUGUAAUGAAAUGAUACCAUCAGCUCUAAAUGUAUGAGUAACAGCACUACCAGCAUCUCCCUAAUAAUUAUUAAUUAUUAUUAAAUGAUUGGUUAAUAUUUUUUAAAUUAUUAUUAUUAUUAUUAUUACCCUUUGAAUGCCAGCAUUUGUAUUUUGAGUAAUUGCACAUUUUUGUGUGUUGGACAUGGUAAAAGCAAACUCUUCAAGAUCAUAAUUACAUUUUGAUUUUGUCAAUACAGUUACAUGUGUCAUUUUGAGAUAUCUUGAUGGACUUGUUGGAAUAUCAAAAUCAUGACCCCAACCACUUAUUGUAGCAUCAUUAACUUGUCCUAAGCUAUGAACUGGUAAAUGUAUAUUUUUACAUUUUGUUGUAUAAUAAAUUGGCUUUUCAAGUCGUAAAAUACAAA